GUCAUGUGUUCCACUAGUGACACCCCACCAGUAGUGACUUUCAUUUUAACUUUUUGACUCUCGUUGAUAUUAUUGAUUUAUUGAUUUUGUAGCAAGAUGAAGACACGCUUCAUCUGGCCGAUAGUUCGGGGUGUCUUUUGGCUAAUUGAAAUGGUAUCGUAUAUCAGCAUCUACUGUAUUUGCGGAAGUAGUGAGGAAGCCACAGGGAUGGUUCAUCUAGGGUCGAUGUUUGCGUCCAGCUUGCAAUUGAAACCGAUGAGAUCUGUUGACAUGGCCGCUUCAGAAGUUUAGAUCCAUGGUCUGCUGAACCCACUCCGGGUAGUACCGUAGUGGAGCCGCUCUGAGAUCUCGAGUUCUUGGAAUCAUGGUCGAAUGUAUGCCAGUGGUACCAGUGACUGGACUCUUCAUAUUCAGCCUUCAAUAUUAUAGUGUAUC